AUGUCGACUGCUUUCAAGACUCUUGCGCCGUUCCUGCGGACCGCGCGCCACGGUCUCAGGACUGGCUACGCCAACCCCCUUCAGUCUGCGCUCAGGAGCCAGUCUACCGCCGGCUUCACCCACGUCUACCGCACAUACGCCACUUUUGAGCGUUCCAAGCCUCACGUGAACAUCGGUACCAUUGGUCACGUUGACCACGGAAAGACCACCCUGUCUGCCGCCAUCACCAAGCGUCAGGCUGAGAAGGGCCUCGCCAACUUCCUCGAUUACGGCGCCAUUGACAAGGCUCCCGAGGAGCGUGCCCGUGGUAUCACCAUCUCGACGGCCCACAUCGAGUACUCCACCGAGAACCGCCACUACUCUCACGUUGACUGCCCCGGCCACGCCGAUUACAUCAAGAACAUGAUUACCGGUGCUGCCAACAUGGACGGUGCCAUCAUUGUCGUGGCUGCCUCGGAUGGUCAGAUGCCCCAGACCCGUGAGCACCUGCUGCUCGCCCGCCAGGUCGGCGUUCAGAAGAUCGUCGUCUUCGUCAACAAGGUCGACGCCGUCGAGGACCCGGAGAUGCUGGAGCUCGUCGAGAUGGAGAUGCGUGAGCUCCUCAACACGUACGGCUUCGAGGGUGACGAGACGCCCGUCAUCAUGGGAUCGGCCCUGAUGUCCCUCAACAACCAGAAGCCCGAGAUCGGCAGCCAGAAGAUUGACGAGCUCCUCGCCGCCGUCGACGAGUGGAUCCCCACACCCGAACGUGACAUGGACCAGCCCUUCCUCAUGGCCGUCGAGGACGUCUUCUCCAUCUCCGGCCGUGGCACCGUCGUCUCCGGCCGCGUCGAGCGCGGUACCCUCAAGCGCGAGGAGGAGGUCGAGAUUGUCGGCAAGGGCCAGACCCCCAUCAGGACCAAGGUCACCGAUAUCGAGACCUUUAAGAAGUCGUGCGACCAGUCUCAGGCCGGUGACAACUCCGGUCUCCUGCUCCGUGGUAUCCGCCGUGAGGACAUCCGCCGCGGCAUGGUCGUCUGCAAGCCCGGCAGCGUCAAGUCCCACACCCAGUUCCUCGCCUCGCUCUACGUCCUCACCAAGGAGGAGGGUGGCCGCCACUCUGGCUUCCACCAGCACUACCGCCCCCAGCUGUACCUCCGUACCGCUGACGAGUCCGUCGACCUCACCUGGCCCGAGGGCACCGAGGAUGCCUCCAACCGCAUGGUCAUGCCCGGUGACAACGUCGAGAUGGUCGCUACCCUCAUGCACCCCAACGCCAUCGAGGUUGGCCAGCGCUUCAACAUCCGCGAGGGUGGCCGCACUGUCGCCACUGGUCUCUGCACCCGUGUCAUGAAAUAA